AGUAGACCGACUUGGCCUCGAUCGAUAAUUGUGUAACAGUAACAACCACGGCUUGACAACAGAGGAAUAUUAUACCUCGAGUACGAAGUUCUGACAGGUUGUGGGUUAAUCUCCCGGAAACGUAUUGCACAAUGAGACACGCAAGGACUGUUCGUUUGCUGUUUGACAUGAAGGCAGUCACUGCACCUUGUUGUAGAGGUACUGUGACAGCGACAUCAACCCAGUCGGCUGAGGUCACAAAGUCAACAGGCGGCAACAACUUAUUGGAUAUCCCUGGCCCUGGCGGCAUUUACACUCUCCCGUACAUUGGGAUGCGGCUGAUGUUCAAACCAUUCAGUAAAUACGACCUUCGCCUGCUCAAUGAAAAAAUGGUUGCUUUGAGGGAUGAGUAUGGUCCGAUUGUGCGUAUAAGGCUGCGAAACAUGUGGAGUUUGUACCUCUUUGAUCCUGACGACAUUGAGAAAGUGUUUCGGGCAGACCAGAAAUACCCCGAGCGUGCAAUGCUCCCUCUCCUCACAGUAUAUGAAAAGCGCCAAAACAUACCAUCGAGUCUGUCAAAUACAAAUGGUGAAGAGUGGUAUUCCAUGAGGAGCCCAACUCAAAAAAUCAUGCUUCGUCCCAAAGCAGUGACAAAAUAUGCACCCAAGCUGAGCAAAAUAGCGGACGAUUUUGUGGAGAAAUUGGACGGUAAAGAUCGCCUAGAAAACCUGCCUUUCAAACUGAUGGAAUAUUCUGCUGAAGGUGUGGGAAUGCUGUGCUUUAACACUCGUUUGGGUUGUAUCACUCCAGACAACACUGUUACACCUCUAAUGGCCUACACCAAGGAUUAUCUGGAUCGCCUUGGGAACCAUUUUUACAAAACUAUUCCAUCUUACAUGUUUUUUCGGACCAAGUACUAUAAGGAUUUUGAGAAGUCUGCCAAUUUUUUGUACAGCACUGCAGAUGAACAUAUUAACAAGACACUGAAGCUAGUUCAACAAGCAUCAGAAGAUGGUGUAGAAUAUGAAAGCAACCUCCUUUUCGACCUUCUUUCCACUCCUGGACUGACUACAGGACAAGUUCGUCGCACAAUUACAGAUGUGUUCAUUGGUGGAAUAGAUUCUACGGCCAACUCUAUGACAUUCCUACUAUUCUAUCUCGCCAAACACCAAGAUAAACAGGAACGUCUUUUCAAAGAUCUUUGUGAACAUGUGUUAAAGCGGGGAGAAAUCCAAGAAGACACCAUCAACAAGAUCCCUUACCUGAAAGCAUGCCUCAAGGAAUCUUUUCGAAUGGUGUUCCCCAUCACAGGAGGUACUGUAAGGAUUCUGGACAAGGACAUUACAUUACAGGGAUAUAAUGUCCCCAAGGGGACACCAAUGCAACUGUGCAGUGGGCCAAUAGGGAGAGAUGAAAAGUACUUUCCUGAGCAGGACCAGUUCAUCCCCGAGCGCUGGAUUCGUGGGGAUACCAAGACCGAUGUGAACCCCUUUGCUCACCUUCCAUUUGGAUUUGGACCACGCAAAUGCAUUGGCCAGAGAUUCGCUGAGCAGGAAAUCUAUAUUUGUACUGCUAAGCUCCUGCGGAACUACCGUGUGGUGCUGCCCCCUGGUGUCACAGAAAUUCCCUACUUCUAUAGCAUAUUUGCUACUCCACGUGAGCCUACUAGCUUCAUCCUUGAGAAACGCCAGGACUGAUUUCACUGUGUACAGAAUGAGGCCUUUGUCCCAAUCUUUCCCAACACAACACCAGGAAAUGGACAACAGGAUCAAAGGCCAAUAAUCCAGAGUUUGUUGGUUUCAGGCUCUGGUUGCUCAAAGAUUAGUUAGAGUUAUGCAGUGGUUAGUGAAAAAAUUAAGUUGUUGCCACAGAGAAUACAAGAGCAUUCAAGGCAAAAUUAACAUUCCAAUAUAUCAACCUGACUUCAACAAAUCUACAGCUGCAAAAUGAUAAAAAAAAAUUCUCAAUUUUGUUAAAUUUAUUUGGAAAAUUUUCAUUAAGUGCUGGUUAUCUCCGUCUUUGAACAGUGGGGUCCUGGUAUAUGGUCUUUGUCUCAGUGUUUUGGAGGACUCUCAAGACUAAGAUAAAGACAGUUUAUAAAAGUAGUAAACUGUUUAAAACCUGUAUACGGACCUAAAGAUCCAAAUCGGUCAAAAUUAUUGUUGACUGGGAUGUAUACUAACCAGAAAAUUCAAUAAAUUUGAUAAUUUUUAAUCUUGAAUGAUUUCAAAAGAAUGUUAAGCACAUAUGUAUUCUGACCACCAACAGUGUCUACCAACAGCAGAUAGCACCACUCAAAUCACUGGUCACAAGGUCUCAGUUGUGUAUGUGACACAUGUGUAUAUACUGUUGGAGGUGUUGGAUGUUGAUUACACUGAACAUUCAGUGACAUUGUGACUUGAUAAUGUAUAUAAUUAGCUCCUGGAGAUUUCAUCAUAAAUCAUUUUGUAGUUAUGAUAUACCAAUAUAUAGACUAAGCAUAGAGGAAUUUUCUAUAGGCAAGAAAUUGCAUCAUCCAAGUGUGUAGAAUAGCAGUGCUUGUGUAAAUAUUCUGUUCUGUUAUAAUGACAUAUUAUAAUUAAUCUUUGAUUAUAACACUGCAUUUAUUAAUCAUAAAGACGGGUAUGUAAACAGAGCAUCCUCAAUAUUCCAGGGGUUACCCUCACUAUCCCUCUCGGCAUCCCUGGAACCAUCCUCAACACUCAAGGUUUUACCCUCACUAUCACUCUGUACCCCUGGAACCAUCCUCUAUACUCCAGGUUUUACCCUCACUAUCCCUCUCUGUACCCCUGGAACCAUCCUCGAUACUCCAGGUUUUACCCUCACAAUCCCUCUCUGUACCCCUGGAACCAUCCUCGACACUCCAGGUUUUACCCUCACUAUCACUCUCUGUACCCCUGGAACCAUCCUCGAUACUCCAGGUUUUACCCUCACUAUCACUCUCUGUACCCCUGGAACCAUCCUCGAUACUCCAGGUUUUACCCUCACUAUCCCUCUCUGUACCCCUGGAACCAUCCUCAACACUCAAGGUUUUACCCUCACUAUCUCUCUCGCCAUCCCUGGAACCAUCCUCGAUACUCCAGGUUUUACUCUCUCUAUCCCUCUGUGUACCCAUGGAACCAUCCUCGAUACUCCACGGGUUACACUCUCUAUAGCUCUCUGUACCCCUGGAACCAUCCUCGAUACUCCAGGUUUUUACGCUCUCUGUACCCCUUAAACCAUUCAUGGAAAAUUGAAGGCACAAGUGAAUUAAUUUGAUUGGUUUAGAUCUGGUUGCAGCAGUGAAAAACUGACCAAUCACAGACUGAAACAGUAAUGUGAAGGCCACAAAAGAGCGACGCACAAGUUUGAAGACAAUACAAAAUAGUGUUAUGUGACCAUGUGAUUUGUUUGAUGUAGGAUCAAACUAUUUUCCUUGUCUUAUCCAAAAGAUGCAGCACGUGGAACCUUCAAUUUAGUGAUGAAAUGGUCCAGGGGUGCGGAGAGCGAUAAACCCUGGAAUAUUGAGGAUGUUAGGCAGAGCUAUGUACGUAGUCAUAUUGACAUAGUCCUGAUUAAAACUUACACAGGAUACUCACUUAUUAUAGAGAUUUUUAGUGUUGAUUUUAAUUCUAUGAGAUUAGUUAACAUGUUUUUUUAAUCAGAUUUGUGAGUUAAUUGAUGUUUUCCUGACCCUCUAGAUUUGUAUAUUUUACACCAUUUUUAUGUAUGAAAGAGAUUUUUUAUCAAAUAGGAGUUCUCAUAACAUGUGUUCUCUAUGAAAUAUGAUCACUGAUUUGGCUGUGGUACAGGGUCUGUGUUUUACACAAAAUAAGAUCUGUAAUUUAAGCUGUGGUAAAAGGUCUGUGUUUUACACAAAAUAAGAUCUGUAAUUUAAGCUGUGGUAAAAGGUCUGUGUUUUACACAAAAUAAGAUCUGUAAUUUAAGCUGUGGUGAAAGGUCUGUGUUUUACACAAAAUAAGAUCUGUAAUUUAAGCAUGUAAUUUAAGUUGUGGAACAGAGUGUGUAUGCUUGAGAGAAUGAAAUCUAUCCAACUUCCAGAAUCAUAUAUAUAUACAAUUGUUGGGCUUUGUGUAUGAACCUGAAUCAUACAUACCGUUGUUGGGCUUUGUGUAUGAUCCUGAAUCAUACAUACCGUUGUUGGGCUUUGUGUAUGAUCCUGAAUCAUACAUACCGUUGUUGGGCUUUGUGUAUGAUCCUGAAUCAUACAUACCGUUGUUGGGCUUUGUGUAUGAUCCUGAAUCAUACAUACCGUUGUUGGGCUUUGUGUAUGAUCCUGAAUCAUACAUACCGUUGUUGGGCUUUGUGUAUGAUCCUGAAUCACACAUACCGUUGUUGGGCUUUGUGUAUGAUCCUGAAUCACACAUACCGUUGUUGGGCUUUGUGUAUGAUCCUGAAUCACACAUACCGUUGUUGGGCUUUGUGUAUGAUCCUGAAUCACACAUACCGUUGUUGGGCUUUGUGUAUGAUCCUGAAUCACACAUACCGUUGUUGGGCUUUGUGUAUGAUCCUGAAUCACACAUACCGUUGUUGGGCUUUGUGUAUGAUCCUGAAUCACACAUACCGUUGUUGGGCUUUGUGUAUGAUUAAUGUAUGACUACAAUGCAUGAAAUUGAACACAUUAUAACUGCCACAGUGAAGAAUAGAAAGUGUGAUGUUAGAUUUUAUCCAAAAAUGUUUCCAAUAUAAGUGCAUUGUAUAUGUAUAAUUUGUUGAAUCUACAAUGUUUCAAUUUUGAAUAAUAUUAAUAAAUAACAUGCAUGUGAUUA